CGGCGCGUGUGCGAGUUUUUAUACGCGUGUGCGCGCGCGUCCAAUGGCUCACCUAGCAGCGGUAGGCAGGCUGAAGCAUCCGGGCCGAGCUGCGCAGAGAUGCACUGCACUUAGACGCGACAUGCUCACACACCGCCUAACUUUCCCGGUGACCAUGGUCAAAAACACCUUUAAGAUAUUGUUUGUGUUUUGAAAUGGCGGCGCUGAAGUCGAGGUGAAACAGCCCCGUUGCUCGAGUCAGCUCGGCUGCCGGGGGAGUGCGCACUCUUUUCUCGCUGUUUUGCCAGAGGCAAGCAGCCAGCACGCACACACAAAAAUACGGUUUUUGUUAUUUUUCUGUCGUUUAUUGCGUGAGGAAUCAUGACGACGGGACAGGACGAAAGCUCCGUCCGCGUGGCACUGAGGAUCCGUCCUCAGCUGGCCAGGGAGAAGAUAGAGGGAUGUCACAUCUGCACGUAUGUGAUGCCUGGGGAGCCUCAGGUGAUCCUGGGGAAAGACAAGGCCUUCACCUACGACUACGUGUUCGACAUGGACUCCCAGCAGGACAGCAUUUUCACCACCUGCACGGAGAAGCUGAUCGAGGGCUGCUUCGAGGGCUACAAUGCAACCGUAUUUGCAUACGGACAGACGGGCUCAGGGAAGACGUACACCAUGGGGACCGGUUUCGAUGUCAACGUAGUAGAAGAGGAGCUGGGUAUCAUCCCCCGAGCCGUGCACCACCUCUUCAAGGGCAUCGAGGAGCGCAGGCAGGCGGCCCAGGAGCAGGGGCGCCCCGUACCCGAGUUCAAGAUCAACGCCCAGUUCCUCGAGCUUUAUAAUGAGGAAGUCCUGGACCUGUUCGACUCUACACGGGACAUGAAGCAGAAAUCUCACAUCAAGAUCCACGAAGACGCCACUGGAGGCAUCUACACAGUAGGAGUGACCACGCGGACUGUGUCCUCCGAGGCUGAGAUGAUGCAGUGCUUGAAGUUGGGCGCUCUGUCCCGCACCACAGCCAGCACUCAGAUGAACGUCCAGAGCUCUCGAUCACACGCCAUCUUCACCAUCCACUUGUGCCAAGUCCGCGUCUGUGCCUCUGACAAUCAAGAAAAUGAGACUGAUAACAGAGUCUCCAACGGUAACUCUGAGAUGGACGAAUACGAGACGCUGACAGCCAAGUUUCACUUCGUGGACCUGGCUGGUUCUGAGAGGCUGAAGAGAACCGGAGCGACAGGGGACCGAGCCAAAGAAGGCAUCUCCAUCAACUGUGGGCUGCUCGCUCUGGGGAAUGUAAUCAGUGCUCUGGGGGACCGGAGCAAGAGGUCCUCACAUGUGCCUUACAGAGACUCCAAACUCACACGACUUCUACAGGACUCUUUGGGAGGAAACAGCCAAACAGUGAUGAUUGCAUGCAUCAGCCCAUCCGAUCGUGACUUCAUGGAGACUCUGAACACAUUAAAGUACGCAAACAGGGCCCGGAACAUCAAGAACAAGGUGAUGGUGAAUCAGGACAAAGCCAGCCAGCAGAUCAGCGCCCUGAGGACCGAGAUAGCUCGACUGCAGAUGGAGCUGAUGGAGUACAAGACGGGUAAACGCCUCAUUGGUGAGGACGGUGUGGAGAGCUUUAGCGACAUGUUCCAUGAGAACUCUAUGCUGCAGACGGAGAACAGCAACCUGAGGGUGAGGGUCAAAGCCAUGCAGGAGACCAUUGACGCCCAGCGGGCACGGCUCACCCAGCUGCUCAGUGACCAGGCCAACCAGGCCCUCGCCAGAGCAGGUGAAGGAGGCACAGAGGAAAUUGGAAACAUGAUUCAAGGUUACAUCAAAGAGAUUGAAGACCUCCGGGCCAAACUCCUGGAGAGCGAAGCUGUGAAUGAGAACCUGAGGAAGAAUCUAUCCCGUGCCUCCACCCGCCAGUCGUUUUACGGAGGGCCCGGCUCCUUCCCCUCUACGCUGAUGGCCCCGGAGAAGGAAACUUCUGACAUCAUCGAGCUCGCCAAGAAAGACCUGGAGAAACUGAAGAAGCGAGAAAAAAAGAAGAAGAAAAGACUCCAGCAGCUGUUGGAGGAGAGAGAAAGGGAGGAAAGGGAGGAGGUGGUGGAAGAGGUUGAGGAUGCCAGUGCCAACAAGGAAGAAGUUCCUGACAACGAGCUGGAAAAGCACAUAGAGAAGGACAUGACUGAGCGAGUCAGUGAGGACACUGAAAUGGAAGUCCAGGAGGGCAGUGACCACGAUGAAGGAGAAGAGGAAGAAGAGGAGGACGAAGAAGAGAUGGAUGUGGAGGAGAGCUCUGAUGACUCUGACUCGGAUAUAGAUGAAAAAGAGAAUUUCCAGGCAGAUCUGGCCAACAUCACCUGUGAGAUCGCCAUCAAGCAGAAGCUUAUUGACGAGCUGGAGAACAGCCAGCGGCGACUGCACACGCUGAAACAGCAGUACGAACAGAAGCUGAUGAUGCUGCAGUGCAAAAUCAAGGACACCCAGCUGGAGAGGGACCGUGUCCUCCAAAACAUGAAUUCAGUAGAAAGUGGUUCAGAAGACAAAGCUCGCAAAAUCAAGGCUGAAUAUGAGAAGAAGCUAAGCGUCAUGAACAAGGAGCUUCAGAAGCUCCACUCGGCUCAGAAGGAGCACGCCCGCCUGCUGAAGAACCAAUCACAGUAUGAGAAACAGCUGAAGAAGCUCCAGAUGGAUGUGGCGGAGAUGAAGAAGACUAAGGUCCGUCUGAUGAAGCAGAUGAAGGAGCAGCAGGAGAAGAACAGGAUGAACGAGUCUCGCAGGAACCGGGAAAUUGCUUCCUUGAAGAAAGACCAGCGGAAGCAGGAGCAUCAACUGAAGUUACUGGAGGCUCAGAAAAGGCAGCAGGAGCUCAUUCUGAGGAGAAAGACUGAAGAGGUGACGGCUCUGAGAAGGCAGGCCAGGCCCACCUCAGGAAAGGUGAUCAGGAAAGUCAAUCUUCCAGAUCCAGUCCAGGACUCCUCCCACCGCCCCCCCUCUGGACGCAUGUACUCCUCCAGCAACACUGCCAGCAACGGCACCCGGUCUUCUUACAGGCGCACAGUAGGCAUUUACUCCACCAGGGUCGCUCGCAACAAAUGGCAGUCCCUGGAGAGACGGAUCUCUGACAUCAUCAUGCAGAGGAUGACCAUCUCCAACAUGGAGGCUGACAUGAACCGUCUCCUCAAGCAACGGGAGGAGCUGACCAAGCGUAAGGAGAAGGUGAUCAGGAAGAGGGACCGGCUGGUCAGAGAGGUGCCAGAGGCAGAGAAGACGGUGCUUCCCCUCAGUGAGGAAGUGGACGCAUUGACAGCUAACAUUGACUACAUUAAUGACAGCAUAGCAGACUGUCAGGCUAACAUCAUGCAGAUGGAGGAAACAAAGGAGGAAGGCGACACAGUGGACGUCUCUGCUGUGAUUGGUUCCUGCACUUUGGUAGAGGCUCGUUUCCUGCUCGAUCACUUCAUGUCGAUGGCAAUUAACAAGGGUCUGCAGGCAGCUCAGAGGGAGUCUCAGGUGAAGGUGAUGGAGGGCAGGCUGAAGCAGACCGAGAUCACCAGCGCCACACAGAACCAGCUGCUCUUUCACAUGCUGAAGGAGAAGGCGGAGUUCAACCCGGAGCUGGACGCGCUGCUAGGGAACGCUCUGCAAGAGCUAGGUAACCUCCCGGCUGAAAAUGGGGAUGAUAGCAGCAGUGAUGAGUCGGCACAAAGCCCCUCUGCAGAGGGAAACACCUUGGCAUCGGAUCUCAUGAAAUUCUGUGGAGAGACCAAAACAAGGAAUAAGGCUCGCAGGAGGACAACCACUCAGAUGGAGUUACUGUACGCAAGCAGUGACUCUGUGCCCGACGCACCCACUGCAGACUUCUCGAGUCCGAUGCUGCCGUUAGCCGAAACUCCAGACGGGGGCGGAGACACGGACUUGUCGAGCUCAUCAGUCAGGGACUACACAGCUCUCUCUCCCGGCUUUUCCUCUAAAAUGGGCAGCAUGCUCAGUUCUGGCUCCAGAACUUCGUCAGGUGUGGAAAAGCGAGCUCCUGAGCCUUCCCCGCUGUCUCGCAGGAAGACCUAUGACAAGGCACAAGCAGCGGCUGACAGGGCAAAGGUCAAGGAGAUUAAACACCCAGUCAUCAGGAACCCUAAGAACAUCCCACCACUUCCUCUCCCCCCCGCCGCUCGCCCCAGUCAGCACAUGUCUGCGUUUAGCCGUAUGCCAGGGUAUCUGGAGCGCACUGCAAACGUCCUGCAGGAUAAGAUGGAUGGAUGCCUCCACUUGCCCUCCAAAAAAAUCCUCCGCUCCAUUUCCCCUCCUCUCUCCAGUCCUCAGAAGGGCGUUAUUAACCCGGUUCCAUCCACCAAGAGCAGUCGAUCGGGGACAUUACAGUGCGUUCACGUGGCGGAGGGACACAGUAAAGCAGUUUUAUGCGUCGACUGCACCGAUGACCUUCUGUUCACUGGAUCUAAAGACCGGACCUGUAAGGUGUGGAAUCUGGUGACGGGUCAGGAGAUAAUGUCCCUGGCAGGACACCCCAACAACGUGGUGUCGGUCCGCUACAGCUCCAGUUUAGUCUUCACCGUGUCCACCUCCAACAUCAAAGUGUGGGACAUCCGGGACUCGGCCAAGUGCAUCCGAACACUAACGUCCUCUGGUCAGGUUAAUGUUGGGGACGCCAGCAGUUCUAACACCAGCCGCACAGUCACCAUCCCAGCAGGCGAGAACCUGAUCAACCAGAUCGCUCUCAAUCCCAACGGCACCGUCCUGUAUGCUGCUGCUGGAAACUCGGUCAGAGUCUGGGAUCUGAGGAGAUUUGCAUCUACUGGAAAACUCACUGGUCACCUUGGUCCAGUAAUGUGUCUGACUGUGGAUAAGUCUGGAAACAACCAAGACCUGGUGAUCACUGGGUCCAAGGACCAUUACAUCAAGCUGUUUGAUGUGACUGAAGGCUCUCUGGGGAGCAUCAGCCCCACACACAACUUUGAACCGCCCCACUACGACGGCAUCGAGUCACUGGUGAUCCAAGGGGACAUGUUCUUCAGUGGGUCCAGAGACAACGGCAUCAAGAAGUGGGAUCUGGACCGUAAAGACCUGCUCCAGCAAGUCCCGAAUGCUCACCGUGACUGGGUUUGUGCUCUGGGCGUUGUUCCUGGCUCCCCGGCCCUGCUGAGCGGCUGCAGAGGCGGGGUGCUUAAGCUGUGGCACACCGACACACUGGGGACUCUGGGGGAGCUCAAGGGCCACGAGAGCCCCAUCAACAGCAUCUCUGCCAACAGCAGCCACCUGUUCACCGCCUCAGAUGACCGGACUGUGAAGAUCUGGCGUGCACGCGGUGGACUGGACAGCACCUUAGAGGCGGUUGACAAUGUGGACGAGGUGGCCAGUAACUGAGCACAGCGCUGCCUGCUCGCUUUGACUCUAGAAGGACACGGCGGCCAUCUUUGAUGCCGCUGCCCUGCACUUUGACCCCUCACUUCUCAAGCCUAAUGCUGACUCCCCAAACACAUGUGUACCUUCCAUGCCAUUAUGACUGAGAAACAUUUAAUGUCUGCUCAGCUGAAGCUUACACAGCAGUUCUUUUCUUCCUCUUGUUUUAGGAUUUAGUUCCAUGUGUUGUUAUUGACUCUUUGCAGCAUAAACUCUUCUAUCUCGUAUUUCGUGCUGUACACGGUUCGCCAUCAUGGAUUUGCUCAUUAAAAAACUUGCGCUCACAGUGUGAUAACAUACUACACAGAAAAGCAUCCAAGUAAAAGUGUUCUGUCAAAUUAGGGACAGACAGGAAGGAAAAAGUGGCAGAUCUAAUGGGUUGUUAGCUGGUCUUCACAACCCAGUUCGCCACUGUAUUGGGAUUCUUUCUCUGCACUCGAAACUGAACCAAUGUCCCCUCACGCCCAUUCCCUGCAGUCACAAAAGUGUCUUUACUGUAUGUGAAAAUGACAAAUCGCUGUACCCUUAACAUCCCUCUAUUGCUUUUGUGCUCAUUUCUCUUCGAUUUCCGCAGCAGCUUUAGAUCAGCGACUGAAAUUGCGCUGCCUGUCAUCAUUGCUGUAACAGCCAUCCUUAAAACAGUUUGCAGAAAGUUUGCUUUCUUGCUGAGAGUUAGCUCAACGCCACUCUUAUGUCUCUGCUUUAAACAUAAGGCCACAGCCACCUCUGAAGCUCAUUAAUUGAAACAUAUCUCAUCGUUUCAACUAUACACUACACAGUGUCUCAACUAAUUGAACACAAUAACUACUUGUUGUAUUUUAGUUACUGAGCUUUAAAGGUUUCUUUUUUUUCUUUUGUCAACUUGAACAAAAACUAGCUAGCUGUUUCCCAGUUUAUGCUAAGAGGCCACGGGCUGUAGCUUCACAUUCACAAUGAAACAUUCUCUUAAUGUACUUUCUCAAACUAUUCCUUUAACCCUUGAGCACUUCUAAAAAGAAAAAGGAAACAUUUAGUCUUUGAUAUUCACUUCUUAAACGUCAGCAGGUUCAGCAUCAAGGAUAUUCUACACUUUUUUCACGCUUCAUCGUGUGUAAAACUAUCUUCACUCUUCUCACGUGUUAACACUUACUGAACCUACACUACUGAGUUGUCGUCUAAUUCCCGCGCUGCUUCUUCAACCCUAUAAGAGGGCUUCUCGUCGUGGACUCCGGGUGAGGUCCAGUCGGUACCGUAGCUAUGUGUAUGUGUAUAUAUAUGUAAUAGUUGUUGUUUGUUUUUUUUUGAGAGGAGAGGCCUUCAGAUUCCGCCAUUGUUGUGCGCCUAACCGCAUCGACCAACGUCUGUCCCCCAAUUCUGAUCUUUGCGAGGCCUUCCUGGAGGCACUCAUGGUCUCCCUGAUGUAACUGUCGCGAUUGUGUGCGCUGUCACUUAUGAAUGUUUGGUGAAACAGCAGCUGUAGGCAUUAUUCAAAUACAUAUCUAAUGUAUGUAAACGAUGUAUUUACAACAGUCUGACUGAAUGUUAGUUUUGUGGGACCACCGAGGUGAACGCUGUCUCACAGUAGAGUCGAGAGGACCAGAAUUGGCAGGAAGACCGACGAGGCAGCAUUAGAAAUGCUUGGGACUGAGCUUUACCUCCAGUGAGAUGGCAAGUUGUGUUUUAGUGGCCUACGGUUAGUUUCUUUUCUUUGUUUUGGUUGUCACGCUCUCCCUGUUCCAUAUAUCCUGGGCGUUUAAGAAGCCAUUUCUCAGUGGCUGACUCGGUAGCGAUUCUAAUGUCAGAUGCCUGGUGAGAAUAAAUGCCAUCUGUCAAAAAUGA